UUAAAUCGCUUGGUUGUGUCGGCAACCGUCGCCACGACAACGCCGCUCCAACCACCAACAAUUAGUUGCCAAUUUCAGGAGACAAUGAAAACCGAAACAACUUGAAUUGAAUGUUGUUGUGAGUUCUUUUGACUGACAAGAAAACUGAUCCAAAGUGCACUGGUGUGUGGCGAAAAACAAAGCUCCAACCGAAAGCAAAGCCAAUAAACCAAAGAUUCAUUCAUUAUGGCAUCAGAUUUGCAGCGGGUUAACGAAAAUGAGAUGAAGGCAAUGGAUGCCAACAGGUAUGCCACCAAGAAGACGAUCGCCCAGGGCAUGUUGGACAUCGCCCUGCUGACCGCCAAUGCCUCGCAGCUGAAGUACAUCCUCCAGGUGGGCGAACAGCACCAGUUCUACAAGCUGAUGCUGAUCCUGAUCAGUCUGUCCAUAGUGAUGCAGCUUUUGGUGGGCAUUCUGUUCGUGGUCAUCGGCAGUCUCAACAUAAACAGGCAGCAGGAUCAGACGGCAGCGGUCAUCCUGAACGAUGUCAUUUUGGUGGUCGUGUUCAUAAUAUCCGUGGUGAACGUUAUCAUAUCCGGUUUCGGCAUUGAGUACUCAUCGCAUCCGCUGCGACUCCUCGAUCAGCACGAAAAGACACCGUAGAAACUAGAGAUCCAACGAUUUACACUUAUAUCCAUACAUAUAUGUACUUUAAGGCUACUGCAAACCUAAGUUGUAGAGUGAAAUAAAUGAAUGUGUUGAUACCUUCGCAAA